AUGAAAUCAGAAUGGCAUCGUUAUAAUUUGAAAAGAAGAGUGGCUCAAUUACCACCAAUUACAGAAGAUUUAUUCAAUAGUAAAGUAUCUACAUUGACAAACACGGAAGAGACAAAACAGAAACAAUUAACAAAGAAAGAACAAAGAAGGAAAGAAAAGGAAGCAAUUUUAGAACAAAAAAGACAAAUAUUAGAACAAGCUAAAAAGGCAAUGUUAGCAAAAAUGCAAGAAAAUGGUGGUGAAUUGCCGUCACUUAAAGAAGAAUUUUCAAAUACCGACAGUAAUAAAGAACAGCAGCAGCAACAAAAAGAUGAAGACGAUAAAGAUGGUGAUAAACUAGAAGAGGAAGAAGAGAUUACUCCGGAACAACAUGAGGAAAAGAUGUUAGCUCAAAAACUUGCAAACAAAUUGGAGAUUCCUCCAACAACAUGUUUAUUUGCUCAUCCUAAAUAUAAUCAUAAUUUUGAUACCAUUGAUGAAAAUAUCGAACACAUGUUCAAACAACAUGGAUUAUAUAUACCUGAACGAAAAUAUCUUAUUGAUAAACAAGGUCUUUUAGAAUAUUUGGGUGAAAAAAUUGGGUUUGGAUUUUGUAUUGUUUGUAAUUAUCAAGGAAGAACUGCUGAAGCUGCAAGAGAACAUAUGCAACAAAAGAGACAUAUGAGAAUUCCAUAUGAAACUGAAGAUGAAAAAUUAGAAAUUUCUAAAUUCUAUGAUUUCUCUUCAACUUAUGAUAAUAAUGUGGUUGUCGUGGAUGGUAAUGGUGAAGAAGAAGAUGGUGAUUGGGAAGAUGUGAGUGGAGAAGAAGAUGAUGAUGAGGACGACGAUGAAGAACUCCCACCAGUUGAGAGAGAUGCUAUAUAUCAACAUGGAAAUGAAUUGCACUUACCUUCGGGUGCUGUGGUGGGACAUCGUUCGAUGGCUAGAUAUUAUAGACAAAACUUGGCCCCAGAUAGAGAAUUAUCUGAAGGUCAAGGUACAGUUAUAGCUGCUGAAACUAGACAUAUGUUGACAUUGAAAGAUAGAGAAGAAUUGGCCACCAAAAAGAGAACUUGGAAGAAAGAAAAGAAAAUGGAAGACCUUAAUGAUAGAAGAGCUGCUAAGUUUAUUAAUAACCAACCUCAUUUCAGAGAUCCAUUGUUACAAUAA